CUUUAGACGCUGUGUUCAGCUUACGCGUGCUUGUAGCCAACGUGGUGGUGUAAAGGCUCGAUAAAAUUUGCUGCCUCGGCCGCGCGCGCAAUUCCUUGCAGCUCUUACAGCUCCUUACAGCCUCACUGGUUGGGAGGCUCUCACAGCCUCUGACUGGCUCGAGGCUCUCGAGCUCUACUGAUCGAAAAGCGUCCAAAAUGGCACGCCUCGUAGUCGCAGCCACCACCCUGACGCUGGCGCGGGGACUCCAGCAGCCGCACGCGUUGCGCACGCUCAGCCGCCUCCGGUCCGCCGCGAAGGACGCGCUCGAGCAGCACACGGAGCGGGUCCAGACGGGCGCGGGUCCCGGCGCGCCGUCGCCGGAGCGCGCAGCCCAUAACAAACGGCAGCAGGAGGUCUUUGACUCCGCGGCCGAGUUUUUCGCGUCGCCCGAGGCGUCACCUCCAGAAGUCGAGGCGACGCUCGACGCGCUCGCAAAGCGCAUCUGCGAGCCGUCCAGGCCAGAAGCAGCCUUCCGCGUGCUGGACGUGGGAUCGGGCACUGGAUGUCUCUCGCGGCGCUACGCGGCGGCUGCGGCCGGUGGAGCUGAUGUGACGGGCGUGGACCUGUCGCCGGAGAUGGUCAAGGCCGCGCGAGCGAAGGGCGGCAACCCGACUUACGUCGUGGCCGACGUCGUCGACUACGCGGCGGGGUAUGAAGGCGAUCUGUACGACGCCGUCGUAUUCAAUGCCUGCUUCGGGAACAUCUUCGACCGGAGCGCGGCGCUGCGAGCAGCCGCGAAGGUACUGGCGCCGGGCGGCCGAGCUUUAAUAACGCAUCCUCUCGGCGCGGCGUUCGUGGACGAGCUCCACGAGCGCGACGCGAGCGUCGUGCCGGCGGGGCUCCCCCGCACGCUGCUGGACAUGGAGGAGCUCGUUUCUGAAGCACCACUGACGCCGGCGUUCGUCGAGGACGCCGUGCCCUACUUCUCCGAGUUCGUUAGGGAUUAAAACAACC